CUUUAAAAAGAGUAAAAAAAGGAAAAAGGGGAACUGAUGCAAGAAAAUCUCAAAGUGACCUGGACUAAUUGUGACGACUUGGAAAGUCUGAGUGCAACCCAGCUCACUAGCAUGUGAAAAAGAAGCCAUCAUAGCCUUGUCAAAGGCGUAAUUCAAGGAACCAAAACCAUGACCCAAUCAAUAGUCCCUGAAAAGGCUUAGCAACUGGAGCUGAUGAUUGUAUGAAUAGAAUUAUUGUGUUUGCAUCAUUAAAAAGAUGCAAAGCACUAGACUUUUUCCCAACAUCUCACUUACAAAAACAGAUAACAACACAACACAUCAUUAUAAACACCCAAAAUUUAAGAACCUCUCUUAUCAAACUUGGCUCAACUCUCAUCCAUCCCAAUUUCUUCUUCAUGGGUUCCUUCCUCCUAGAGUUAUAAAUUGCAAUUAACAAUAGCAAUUGCAGCCGCAAUGAUAAAAGGUUUUGGCCUCCGUGCUAGGCAUCAAGACCACAAUUGCGACCGUAUCAACCCGCAUUUUGCAAAGCAGGAGCCACAACCUCAAUUUAAAAUCUUGCUUCUUCACUCCUCCUAAUCCUAGCAUAUUAACUAGAUAUGACCUGAAUAUUUGAAAAAACACAAAGGAGCAACAACAAGCAACAUGAUCAAAGCUUGUUUCAGCCAACCCAAGUCACCCUCAAGCAGUAGCAGCAGCACCAAUCAAUUUCCACAAAAUGUAGUAACCUGCAUAUACCAAACACAACUCUGUGACUCACCCACUUAUGUCACACUCAGUUGGUCAAGAACCCUUUUCUCCCAUUCCUUAACCAUCCACGCCUCAGACAUCUUCUCCACCACCAUUUCCCUCAACCCAUCAACCUUCUCCUUCUUCCAAACACAACACGGCUCAAAAUGCAUCCAAAACCAACACUUGAACAAAAUCAAACUCCACUGGAACUUCACCAAAACAGUAUAUACACAAAACUCUGCAGAGCCAGAGUCAUGCUUCUACCUAGCAAUCUCUCACGGCGGGAAGCUCCAAUUCUUGCUCGGCGACCUUGCUCUCAACUACUUGACACGGCGACAGCGCCACCUCAACAUCACAACCGGCACAAGCACGAGCAGAACAGAACACACCCCUGUUCUGCUUUCGAGAAGAGAGCACGUGUUUGGAAGCAGAAGCUACGUUUCACGUGCCGAGUUCAUGGGAUCAAAACAUGACAUAGAGAUUGAAUGUUGUGAAGGGGCGCUGAGAGUGAAAGUGGACAGUGAAACUCGAUUGGUAGUGAAAAGGCUUGUGUGGAAAUUCAGAGGGUACGAGAAGUUCUUCAUCGAUGGCAUCGAAGUAGAGUUCUACUGGGACGUGUUGAGUUGGGUGGUUGGUAACAACGACACCAACAGCAAUGGAAAUCAUGGACACGGUGUUUUUGUGUUUCAGGUAGGAGAAGGCACGGUGUGGCCGGAGAUAGUGGGGGCAGAGAAGAGGUUGAUGAGGAAGAGCGUGUCGUCGGGUUCAAGCGUGUUGCAGUGGGCAGAGGAGAACAGUGAGUGUGGUAGAACCUCUUCAUCUUCUUCAUCAACCAGAUCUUGUGAUAUUGGUGCCUUCUCUUUGUUGCUCUAUGCUUGGACCAUCAAUUCUUAAUGGAUUUCAUUUCAUUUCUUCAUUGUUAAUAUUCUUUUUACAGUAUUAAUUAUUUAAUUUCAACUCUGAGUUGGUCUGGAUUGGACUGAGAUUUUUUCUUUGUUGAUAUGUAUAUGUAUAUUCUAUUUUCUUUCUUGUACAAUGUUGUUGAGCUUUUUAAGUAUCUAAUUCAGAACUCGAAUUUCAAAUGA